AUGGCAAGGCUCAACACAGCCAACCCGCUGGUCAAAAACACUCCUCACAAAGAGAUUGGUGCCCGUACCCUAGGGACAUCCCACAACAGUCCACUCUCGAGAGAGCCAUGUUUCAAUUUCAGGAACACAGCCAAGCAAAAAAUGCCCACCAAGCCGCAAAACCAGUCGCAGCGGCAAGCAAAUGGCUCAAGUGGAUCAUUUGAUAUAUUCCCCGACAACGACUCGGCAUCGGAAAGUGAAUUUGGACAGCACACUGGAAAGCAGCAAAAGCAGAGGACACUGGGACUCGCUCGUGUGAAUUCGUUACUUCUGCCAGCAAAGCGGAGACCACGCCCAGCCAUCCGAAGAGAGACUGAAGAUUAUGACAAGGAGAACGACGUGCCAGAAUAUGCCACGGAUGGAUAUCGAACUCCAGAUUUGACACCAACAAGACUAAACACCUCACGGGCUCCCACGAGAAAUAGAAUGGAUUAUAUCGCCGCGACACAGCCAGUGAUCAACCGCCAAGAAGAACAAGAGGAGCCGGAAAUUAGCAUUGAAGAAGAAGAUAGCUCUGACUCACUGGAUGGGUUCAUUGUCAGUGACAAUGACGAGCCUAGCUCUUUUGAGACAUCGGAUUCUGAGACAGCCAACACAGAAGAUGAACCUAGCCCGGCUCCGUCGCCUGUCAGGUCGCCAAGAAAAAGACUCCUGCGUGGAAGAAGACCAAUAUCAGAGGCAGAAUCCAACACUUCUGUAGAUGAGGAUUCAUCAAUGGAAGCGACGAGGUUGGCGACAGAGCUGGACCAAUCAACCGAGAAACCAAAGGCAGUCGCCCCAGCACCUGAAGACUGCACGCCAAAUCUUGCAACCAGUUCCAAGUCUAUAUCCCCUGUCAAUAGGGCAGAGAUACCCAAACCACAGGCUGAUUCAAGCUGUCCUCUUCAUUUCAGCCUCUACAACUCCAAAGACCUCAUCCAACACCUCGAGGAUCUUUAUCUAGACAGCGACAAUGAGUCUACAUCGCAAACAUAUCCAGAACAGCCCAACUCAGAACCAGAGGAUGAACUGCCAUCGAAACUUUACCCAAGCCACACAAAACAAUUACCACCGACACCAUCACCCGUCAACUAUAACUUUUCUCUCAAUAGCUCUAUCACAUCGGUUGGUAGUUCGCCGGGAAAGGGCAUUCUUACCAGCAUGAAGGCCCAGAAAAAGGCCGAGGCGGCGCGGAAACGCGAGAUUCGAGCCCAAGUGGCCGAAUUCAACCAAAAGAAAACCGGCUUUGCCGAAGAAUUCCUCCAACACCUUGACAAUACCUUCAACAGCCAGAUUUCCAGCAUGACCAAGGAAACCGGCGGCAUCAAAAUCAUCUGGACAAAGAAUUUCAGAAACACUGCCGGACGGGCAACCGUACGUACAGAAAGGGUUCUGAAAGGAGCAGCAGGCGUGGAAGAACCCGGGAAACGGCGUUACUAUGCCACCAUUGAGCUCUCCGAGAAAGUCCUAGACAGCGAGGACAAGAUCCUCUGCACGAUGACACACGAGUACUGCCACCUCCUUGAUAUGAUGGUCACUGAAAACAGAGCCAAGGGCACGGCGCAGCACGGUGCCAGCUUCAAGCAAUGGGGCGACCGAUGUGUCCGCGCACUGGAAGGCCACCCUAUCUACGGGGGCCGGGUCAAGGUCACAACUAAACAUACCUAUGAGAUCAACCACAAAUACAUCUGGGCAUGCAAGGUCCAGGACUGCGAUUUCAAGGUCGGGAGACACUCGAAGAGUGUUGACCCAAAGCGUCAAUUCUGCGGCCGGUGCAGGGGCGUUCUCGAGCAAAUUAAACCGGUGCCGAGGGCUGUAGCGCCGAGGAGGCCUGUUGUAAAGGCAAUGGCCGAGAGGGAGAUUGUGGUUAUUGAUCCUUGA